UGUAGCUGGGGGCCGCGUACCAAGAAGGUGCACCUGGUGCGCGGUGCUGGGCUGCCCGCAGACGCCGAGCCUCUGCGGGAGGUCCCCGAGCAGCUUCGCCAUUGCACCCAAGCCACCUCCCCCUGCCUGCCACAUCCGAGCCGAACUGCCGCUGCGACUGCUUGUCCCCGCAAGUUCCACCUCGCUAGCGCCGUCCCCAGCCCCGCCUGGGGUGGUAUCUGCCCUGGUCUCUAGGGGUGCACCUUUUCACGUGUGGAUCUGCAACACUGGACGCAACAGGCUCCGGGAAAGAAGACACCUGCCUGUGCCACUAUGAUCUCAUCCAGUGACUUUGCAUCUGCAUCCUGGGAGCUCAUGGUCCAAGUUCACAAUCCAAAUGAAAAGGAGCCAAGAGACAUCACACUGAGAGUGUCCGGAGACCUGCAUGUCGGGGGUGUGAUGCUCAAGUUGGUAGAAAAGAUCAACAUAGCUCAAGACUGGUCAGACUUUGCUCUUUGGUGGGAACAGAAACAUUGCUGGCUUCUGAAAACCCACUGGACCCUGGACAAAUGUGGGGUUCAGGCAGAUGCCAAGCUUCUCUUCACCCCCCAGCACAAAAUGCUGCGCCUUCGGCUGCCUAACAUGAAGACGGUGAGGUUGCGAGUCAGCUUCUCGGCUGUGGUGUUUAAGGCUGUCAGUGACAUCUGCAAAAGCCUGAAUAUUAGAAGAUCAGAAGAACUUUCCUUGUUAAAGCCUUCUGGUGACUUUUUUAAGAAAAAGAAAAAGAAAGAUAAAAAUAAUAAGGAGCCCAUCAUUGAAGAUAUUCUCAACCUGGAGAGUUCUCCAACAGGGUCACCAGGAAGUCCUGGCUUAUACAGUAAGACCAUGACUCCUACCUAUGACCCCGUCAAUGGAACUCCGGCAUCCUCCACCAUAACUUGGUUCACUGACAGCCCUUUAACAGAACAAAACUGCAACAUCCUCGCAUUCAGCCAGCCACCCCCGUUACCAGAGGCACUUGCUGAUAUGUACCAGCCUCGGUCUCUGAUUGAUAAAGCCAAGCUUAACUCAGGGCCCUCAGGUUGCUUCCUUUUUUUGGCUAUUGUAGAUGAUGCUGCUAUUGACUUUGGUAUACAAUAUGAUGCUGUCCGAAUAAACCAACUCUAUGAACAAGCCAGGUGGGCUAUUCUCUUAGAAGAAAUUGACUGCACAGAAGAAGAAAUGCUGAUCUUUGCAGCACUACAGGAGGACAUUACUGACAUCCCCAAGCUUGCAGACAAUCUCAAAUUGUUUAGGCCAAAGAAGCUAUUAUUAAAAGCUUUCAAACAAUAUUGGUUCGUCUUUAAAGACACAUCUAUAACCUACUUUAAAAAUGCGGAACUUGAACAAGGAGAACCCAUAGAAAAACUCAAUCUUAGAGGCUGUGAAGUUGCGCCAGACGUGAAUGUAGCAGGCAGAAAAUUUGGAAUCAAGUUACUAAUCCCAGUUGCUGAUGGUAUGAACGAAGUGUAUUUGAGAUGUGACCACGAGAAUCAGUAUGCCCAAUGGAUGGCUGCCUGCAUCUUGGCAUCAAAGGGCAAAACCAUGGCAGACAGCUCCUACCAGCCAGAGGUCCUCAACAUCCUUUCGUUUCUGAGGAUGAAAAACCGGAAGUCCUCAAUUCAGUUGACUUCCAGUCUCGAAAGCAUGGACAUGAACCCAGAAUGUUUUGUGUCACCUCGGUGUGCAAAAAAACACAAAUCUAAGCAGCUGGCUGCGCGGAUCAUGGAAGCCCAUCAGAACGUGGCCACGAUGCCCCUGGUUGAAGCCAAGCUGCGGUUCAUCCAGGCCUGGCAGUCCCUACCUGAGUUCGGCCUCACCUACUACCUUGUCAGAUUUAAAGGAAGCAAGAAAGAUGACAUUCUGGGAGUUUCCUAUAAUAGGUUGAUUAGAAUUGAUGCAACCACCGGGAUCCCUAUUACGACAUGGAGGUUCACCAACAUAAAACAGUGGAAUGUCAACUGGGAAAUCCGGCAGGUGAUGAUCGAGUUUGACCAAAACUUCCAGGUUGCAUUUACGUGCCUGAGUGCGGAUUGCAAGAUUGUGCAUGAGUACAUCGGCGGCUACAUUUUCUUGUCCACUCGCUCCAAGGACCAGAAUGAAACACUCGAUGAAGACCUCUUUCACAAGUUGACAGGUGGUCAGGACUGAAGUGAAGCAGACCCUGCUGGGCCUACACAGACAGGUCGGGUCCUUCCUGCACCAGUGGGAUCCGUGGCUUGUCCAGAGUGUAGAUUCUAGGCUAACAGACCACAUACCUUCACCGUCAAACACCCAGAUCCUCGCCUCAAUUUCAGCAUGCUGCCAGCAUGUCUCUUUCCUUAUGGUACCCUCUGCUACCAGCUGUAGAAGGGCCUUUCCUAUUUCAUGGGUGGGUGAGGGACAGGGUGCUACUCUUAGACUGCUCUGGGGCCCAGCCAGCAUGUGGCUAUGGUUCCGUGACUUACACACAUGCCAUGUGAUAACUCCACGUUGGCCUUAUGUUCAUCUGCUUCUUUGCUAAGUCAGCAAAAAGGGUAAAAAUCAUGUGUAAUAGGAUUCCUAUUCCAUAGACUCAGGUAUGAAAGGAAAUAGGUCUUUCCUUAAUGAAAUUAAUUUUAACUUGCAUCUUGUCAAAAUGGCCUAGGGAAAACACACACACACACAUUUUCCUUGGAGGUCAAAAAGUCAAGGGAGGAGGGGCAGAAUUACCUAGUGGUACUGGUUGACAAUUGGGGCUCAGAGCAAUAGCCCUCAGUGUCAUCCAUCCACAGUGACAUCUGCCAAAGUAACCACUGACCCAUCUGAUAUUAAUCUUUGGUAAAAAAUCCCAUUUCAUCCCUAGAGGUCCCUUAGAUACAUUAAAGUCCUUCUUGAAGACAUGAAUGACAGAAGGAGCUUGAUGUCCCAGCUCCUUUUACUGUGGAUUAGGCUUAGGAAGAACCAUGAGUUCUGUUCAUAAAAACCACGUCCUGACAGCGAGAUCCCAAUGGGACUUCAUCCCAGAUGGUCAGAAAGAGAAGGACAGACUUGUUCUCAAAGACCACCAAGUUCAAGGUGUGGAUGAAUGGCGAGCCUCGGAGCUGUUGGCUGGACUGGACGGAAGGAAAGAGCUGUUCUUCCCGUUCCUCAGCGAGCUCCUGGAUUGUGUGUCUGUGUUUAUAGGAUUUCUGGCCUUUUCCCUAAAGGCCUUUAGAUUGGGUCAAUCACAAGCCUACAAUAGACUCCCUUUUUUCCUCUCUCUGCUUUGCAGUGUGACCUCCCUGCCUUGAGACUUGACCAUGAGCCAAUUAAUAGCUGCCUGCCUGCCUGCAUUUGUAUCUUCUGUUUGGGUUUAUUAAAGGUGGGUGGAUUCUGAGAAAGUGAAAAACAAGACCACAGGUAAAGGGAAGUAUCAGAGACUGUUUUAUUCUGUUUUUUAUAAAAUGUUCUCCCACUACACAAAGAUCGUGAGUUGGAAGAAUAAGACAACUGUUCAGGUUCCAUCUUGCUGUUCUUUGGGGAUGCACCCUCAGGGGUCCUGGCCAGAGCCCAGAUGCCCACGAGCUUCAGCUGUUGCUCUAUUUUCCAACAAAGUCAUCUGAGAAAGGAGAGCUCAGCAAUUCUGGGAGCCACACAGAGAUGGCCUUGGCUAGGGACACCGUGGCCCUGAGCCAGACGCUGCCUUCCUGAAAUUCCUGUUGGCCUCUCCGUAGAGGUGUAGGCACAUAAAACCUCCCAGGCACCGGCUGACUAUCUGAAGACUAGUUUAAAGCCCAGAAGUGCUCUGUGACCACGAUUAAUGACUUACUUUGGAAUGCUUUAUGUAGAAACGAGUGCAAGGUGUCCUGUGUUGAACUUGAUGUCCGCCCUUUCGAGUCCUGGCUCUGUUGUUUGAGAAAUGAGACAGGUCUGAGAUUAGGGUGGACCUUACAUUAAAAUAUCGUUCCUUGAUUUCACUUUACCUGUUUGCUCUCAAGGAAAGCUCAGCCACAUUAUCAAAACUUUAGUACAGUCUUCUUCCUUAGCAUACCAUAGUUGGCUGUUCUCGCCAUGAAAACACUCAAAGGAAUUGACUGGGUUUGACCUACUUUCUGUUACAGUUUGGAGGAACGCAUUUCUUCUGUAUUACACCGCAGCAUUCCAAAGGAACAGACAAGUGUAACAAGAAACACUUAAAUGAUGUUGUUCCAAAGAGCAAACUAAGGACUGGUUUUAUUGUUUUGUUUUUAAUAUUGGGUCUAAAAGGUCAUCUGAUGCCGGGUGCAGUGGCACAGGCCUAUAAUCCCAGUGGCUUGGGAGACUGAGACAAGAGAAUCGCAAAUUCAAAGCCAGUCUCAGCAACUGCAAGGCCCUAAGCAACUCAGUGAGA